AUUCUGUACCUCCUGGCUAUCCCAUCACCAGCUGCACUCCACAUCGUUGUCAAAGUUGACUGGUUUGGACAUCGAGUCACCAUGAGUUACCGCACAGCCAACAGGAGCUCCUCCGUGUCACUGUCAGGUGGCUACCAAAGGCGCAUCUCCGCCGUCUGCGCCCCGAGUGUCUACGGCGGCGCCGGUGGCAGCAAUGUCCGCGUUUCUUACGCAUCGGGAACCCGGAGCGGCUUUGACCUCACUCAGGCUCUCAGCGGAGGCUCAGACUUCAGCAUAGGUCACAGUGAGAAGGCUACUAUGCAGAAUCUGAAUGACCGUCUGGGCAGUUACCUGGAGAAGGUGCGCUUUCUGGAGACCAGCAAUGCCAAGCUGGAGCUUCAGAUUCGGGAGUGGUACGAGAAGAGAACCGUAGUGAUAACGGACUACAGCAAAUACCAAGCAGUCAUUGACGACCUGCGCAGAAAGCUAAACAUCGCUGGUCAAGACAAUGCAAGGAUCCUGUUACAGAUCGACAACGCCAAACUUGCUGCUGAAGACUUCAAAGUCAAGUAUGAGAACGAGUUCGCCAUGCGCCAGUCUGUCGAGGCUGACAUCUGCGGCCUCAGAAAGGUUCUGGACGAGCUGACCAUGGUCCGCUCCGACCUGGAGAUGCAGAUCGAGGGCCUGAGGGAGGAGCUGGUCUACCUCAAGAAGAACCACCAGGAGGAAAUGGCUUCCGUGCGGGCUCAGAUGUCAUCCAGCUCGGUGGACGUGGAGGUGGAUGCGGCGCCCUCUGAGGAUACGGCCCGCGUCCUGGAGGAGAUGCGCAGCCAGUAUGAAGCCAUCACCGAGAAGAACCGACGCGAUAUGGAGAUCUGGUAUAAGGGGAAGUUCGACGAGCUCAACAAGCAGGUGACCACCAGCACAGAAGUCCUCCAGACGUCCCAUACCGAGAUCAGCGAGCUGCGGAGAACCAUGCAGUCCAUGGAGAUCGAGCUGCAGUCUCAGCUCAGUCUGAAAUCAGCCAUGGAGGGGACUUUGAGGGAAACAGAGUCUCGCUACAGCACCCAGCUGAGCCAGCUGCAGGUCAUGAUCAAUAGCCUGGAGUGUGAGCUCGGCCAGAUGCGCACUGAUAUCGAGAGGCAGGGCCAGGAGUACAGGAUGCUGCUGGACAUCAAGACCAGGCUGGAGAUGGAGAUCGCAGAGUACAGGAGGCUGCUGGACGGAGAGGAAAUUCAGCGAACAACCGUCGUAAAGGUCGUUGAGGUCGAAGUUGUCAAACCUGAGCCAGUGAUAACCAAGAGGGUGCGGACCAUUGUGGAGGAAAUGGUGGACGGAAAGGUGGUCUCCCGUGAGGAGGACGUUGACGUGGAGGUGAUAAAGAGCUAGAUGACAACCAUGAUGCCCUACACCCAAUGCCAGACUUUAAGACCCUGCAAGGGAUACAAAGAAGCCAGGGAUGAAGUUCUGAGUGCUGUAAAACUUGAGAUAUUUUGACAGCAAUAAAAGUCAUUCAAUUUCA